AAGAUGAACGGCCUGUCCAUUAGAGAGCUAUGCUGCCUGUUCUGCUGCCCUCCUUGCCCCAGCCGCAUCGCAGCCAAGCUGGCCUUCCUCCCUCCAGAGCCUACCUACGCAAUGCUGCCAGACCCAGAGGCUACAGCUGCGGCAGCAGCCGGGACCACGCCUGGGGGUGCACCCCCCUCUCUGGGGGCUCCGGGCCUGCGCUCCCGGCUGGGUGGUGGUGGGGGGGACAGAGGAGGUGGGGGUGGGGGAGGAGAGGGCAGGUGGAAGCUCCACCUGACAGAGAGGGCAGAGUUCCAGUACACCCAGAGAGAGCUGGACAUGACGGACGUGUUCCUGACAAGGUCCAUCCGGGGGAACAGGGUGGGCUGCAUGUACAUCCGCUGUGCCCCCAAUGCCAGGUGAGUGAGUGGAGGGGAGGAAAGUGAAGAGCUAGAACAGUGUUAAUGAAUUGGUGGGCCGUGACAUUUCUCUUGUUCGUUUUCAAAGAGAUAGCGUUUGUUUCUGUCCUUAAAAAUAGACAUCUGUGCAGGUUGUUCUAUUUAUAGAAAUGCAUUAAAGUAAGAUAGUGUUCUAUUAAAUUAGAUGGUUCUAUUGUACAGUACAUCAUCCUUCAAUUUAUUCUCUUAAAUUGAUCCUUUUUUCUUAUCUUUCCUCCCCUAGCCGUCUCUAAAAAGCUUUUAGGAAAAGAAAUCCACAAUUUCAAGCGCACCUCACCAAGCCUCUCUCUAGAACAAGAGACGGUACUAGCCCCUCUCUCCUCUCCCUCCUCCCUACCCCUCCCCCCUCUCCUUCUCCCUCCUAGGUUCACAGUGCUGUUCUCCCAUGGUAAUGCAGUAGACUUGGGUCAGAUGAGUAGCUUCUACAUUGGCCUGGGCACGCGUAUCAACUGUAACAUCUUCUCCUACGACUACUCUGGCUAUGGUGUCAGCACCGGCAAACCCUCAGAGAAGAACCUCUACGCUGACAUAGAUGCAGCCUGGCACGCCCUACGCUCCCGGUAAACAGCUGUUACACACACACCCAAACCCGCUCGUUAACUAAUCAUCAAGACCUUUGAUCAGCUGAAUUAGGGGGCUUUCACACCGAAUUGGUUUGGAGUGUUUUUUUCCAAACUCAGUUGCAUUUCCCUCCUUAGUUGGGUUCGUUUGGACUGGUGUGAACACACUACCCGCACUCCGGAGCGUGCUAAACAACACAGUGUGGUUAGCUCAAAAAGGGUCCGUUUCAAUUCGUACCGUGAUGCGGUUCGCUGCAGGUGAGAACGCAGUCCGGACCAAACAAAGGAAAGGAACCACAGUCGCACAGUAUUAUUGUUUGUUUCACUGCUAGCAUUUUAUGAAAUGCAGCAUCAUAACUUGAUAUCUCUGAAACAUUCUGUGAGUAUAGCAGCGCGUUUAUGAGCGCAUCCGAUGCAGAUUAGGGGAGACAGGGACUAUACCGGGGAUAGGCUAUUGAAUAUAGCCUAUUCACGUCGCAGUUAGAUGGGCUAUUGGGCUGUUUUAUCCUGCAUGUUGUUGGAAGACCAAAGCAUAAGUAAUAUGAAGAUUGGGACACACAAGUGAUGCUUCAUGAUAAACAUACAGCGCCUUCGGAAAGUAUUCAGCCCCUUGACUUUUUCCACAUUUUGUUAAGUUAAGCCUUAUUCUAAAAUACAAAAUCCUCAAUCUACACACAAUACCCCAUAAUGACAAAGCAAAAACAGGUUUUUAGAAAUGUUUGCUAAUUUAUAAAAAUGUAAAACCGAAAUACCUAAUUGACAUAAGUAUUCAGACCCUUUGCUAUGAGACUCGAAAUUGAGCAUUGGUGCAUCCUGUUUCCAUUGAUCAUCCUUGAGAUGUUUCUACAACUUGAUUAGAGUCCACCUGUGGUACAUUCAAUUGAUUGGACAUAGUUUGGAAAGGCACACACCUGUCUAUAUAAGAUCCCACAGUUGACAGUGCAUGUCAGAGCCAAAACCAAGCCAUGAGGUCGAAGGAAUUGUCAAUAGAGCUCCGAGGUAGGAUUGUGUCGGCACAGAUCUGGGGAAGGGUACCAAAAAAUGUCUGCAGCAUUGAAGAUACCCAAGAACACAGUGGCCUCCAUCAUUCUUAAAUGGAAGAAAUUUGGAACCACCAAGACAUCUCCUAGAGCUGGCCGCCCUGCCAAACUGAGCAAUCGGGGGAGAAGGGCCUUGGUCAGGGAGGUGACCAAGAACCCGAUGGUCACUGACAGAGCUCUAGAGUUCCUCUGUGGAGAUGGGAGCACCUUCCAGAAGGAAAACCAUCUCUGCAGCACUCCACCAAUCAGGCCUUUAUGGUAGAAAGGCCAGACGGAAGCCACUCCUCAGUAAAAGGCACAUGACAGCCCGCUUGGAGUUUGCCAAAAGGGACCUAAAGACUCUCAGACCAUGAGAAACAAGGUUCUCUGGUCUGAUGAAACCAAGAUUGAACUCUUUGGGCUGAAUGCCAAGCGUCACGUCUGGAGGAAACCUGGCACCAUCUCUACGGUGAAGCAUGGUGGUGGCAGCAUCAUGCUGUGGGGAUGUUUUUCAGUGGCAGGGACUGGGAGACUAGUCAGGAUCGAGGCAAAGAUGAACGGAGCAAAGAACAGAGAGCUCCUUGAUGAAAACCUGCUCCGGAGUGCUCAGGACCUCAGACUGGGGCAAAGGUUAACCUUCCAACAGGACAACGACCCUAAGCACACAGCCAAGACAACGCAGGAGUGGCUUCGGGACAAGUCUCUGAAUGUCCUUGAGUGGCCCAGCCAGAGCCCGGACUUGAACUCGAACGAACAUCUCUGGAGAGACCUGAAAAUAGCUGUGCAGCAACGCUCCCCAUACAACCUGACAGAGCUCGAGAGGAUCUGCAGAGAAGAAUGGGAGAAACUCCCCAAAUACAGGUGUGCCAAGCUUGUAGCGUCAUACCCAAGAAGACUCGAGGCUGUAAUCGCUGCCAAAGGUGCUUCAACAAAGUACUGAGUGAAGGUUCUGAACACUUAUGUAAAUGUGAUAUUUAAGUUUUUUAUUUUAAAUAAAGUAGCAAAAAUUUAUAAAAACCUGUUUUUGCUUCGUCAUUAUGGGGUAUUGUGUGUAGAUUUGAUGAGGGGAAAAAAUAGAAUCAAUUUUAGAUUAAGGCUGUAACGUAACUAAAUGUGGAAAAAGUCAAGGGGUCUGAAUACUUUCCGAAGGCACUGUAGAUGGAUUUAACGUGAGCGUUUUAGUCAAAUAAACAAAUGACUUGCAUGGAUAUAUGGGUUUGUUUAGGAAUUUUUGUUUGUUUUUGAUAUUUGGCAAUGUGGAAAUAAAUACAAUGUAGCAAAUAAUCUAACUCUGAAUCAAACUGUAGCUCAAAACUUUGUGAAAACUCCCUUAUAUAGUGCUGUGCUGAGGCUGCACACACUAGGGCUGACCCCAUUUAAUCGACCCGGUCAAUUGUUUGGUCGAUAGGCUGUUGGUUGACUGAGAUUUUUUUAGUCGAGCUGUAGCAAAAAAACUUUUUUUUCAUGGUGAACAAGACACCUGUCUAAUUCGCCCUGCCUGAGUUAAUUUAUCCAUUAUGGAAGCCGUGAGGAUGGCACUGUCCAUCACUCUAAGACGUGCUACUGAAAUUGUAUAUGGUUAUAUUACAUAAGAACUAUGGUGCAACACUAGUAACACAUUUUAUAACAAAUGCGCUUUCUUCCCCGUUGGAUUUCGGUCGCUGUCCACGGUUCUGAAACAUCAGUGUGCUGUUGAAUUGGCGCCUUUUCCUAGACCAUGUUGCUAUGUGCAUAAUAGCAACGUUAACCAGCGUGGUGUUGAACAAUGCGGCGGCGGCAGCAACGGAGUUAGGAGAUGAGAAAACAGCCGUUGCCUUAAUUGUCUAAGAACAGUGAGGAGAGACGAAACCCCAACUUAAUUAGGUCUAUAAUCAACAGCCUAACUGUUAAAUGGGCCUGGCUUUAUAAAUCAUCCAUAUAUAUCUAGCUACAGAAAUAAGAUGGAUCCUGCUUGUGUUGCCUGUUUGAGUGUUUGUUUAAUAGCCUACUGAUGCGUGAGCACCAAGCCUCACGCAUCCACAAGAUGUCUGAUAAACAAUUUCACAAAUGUGGCUCUUUUUUAAUCUUUGCUAUGCUGUAAUAAAGGCUUUACUCUUUUUAUUGUUAGAACCAGCCUCUCUGGUAUUACUAAUAAUUUAUUGAGCAUUGUUUACACUGUUCCAAAUUGCCAGAAAAACAUUAUUGAUAAUAAUAAUUUCUUGAUCGCCUUCUUAUUGUUAUAAUUACUAUUAUUAUGAUCAUCAUUAUAAUAAGUAAUGUCAUUAUCAUUAGUAGUCUUAGUAUAGCAGCCUUGUAUAACCACCAUCGAGCUGUAGGCCUAAGAGCGCAUCCUGUUUAGUCUUAAUACCGUAACUUACUUAGGCCCAUAUCUCAAUACUUAUAUAGGCUACUGUAUCUAUCAUUCAUUCAUUCGUUAAUGACAUCACACAGCGUACGAGUCAUUCAUGAUUUGAAAUGCAAUCAAGCAUUUUAGUUUUAAAAUAAAAUAACAAAGCGACCCUUGAAUAAUUAGUGUAAACAAUAAAUAUACCGUUCCAUCUCGGCAGUUGCAUUCACGAAUGCAUGUGACUGUUUUUAAUCUUUAAAGGCUUUCCAAAAAAAAGACAAAAAAUAACUUUACAACAGACUCUCUGGUACGCUUAUCAUUUAUUUAGUGUUUACAUUGUUCUAAACGGUCAGAAAAUCAUAUUGUAAUCUAACAGCACCUGUUUGGGACACAUAAUAUGUACGCAGCGCUUGCUCCUUACCUUAUUCUUCUUGAUCUCCAGUAUUUUCCACAACUAGUCACAUUUAUUCCACACAUCUGACUUCCCCGUUACCUCCUGAGCAACCAAACAUUCCCCCUUUCGGAGUUUAUUUGUCAUCUGAAAUUCUGAGCCUGGCCCGGCACAAUCAAAUCAAUUGCAGUCGGACUCCCUCUAUUCAUUCAUCUGUGUGUCUUAAUUAUUUGCUCAAAGAGUGUGCAUAAAGUAUCAGACAAGCAUAUAGUUGAUUUGAUUAAAACGCAUAGGAUAUGUCUAUACAGUGCCCUCCACAAUUAUUGGCACCCCUGUUUAAGAUGUGGUCGAGGACUUCCAAAAAUUCUCCUUUUUUUUUAAACAACAUAGAACCCAAAUGCAAAAAAAGAGAAAAAUCCAACCUUUUAUUUAAGUACAUUACUUUGGUGUAAAAAAAAAAAAAAUGUGUCCCACAAUUAUUGGCACCCCUGAUGUUAAUACUUUGUACAACCCCCUUUUGCCAACAAGACAGCACUUAAUCUCCUAUAACAUUUCACAAGAUUGGAGAACACAGAGAGAGGGAUCUUUGACCAUUCUUCUUUGCACAAUCUUUCUAGAUCAUCCUGGGUCCUCUCUUAUGCACUCUCCUCUUUAGCUCGCCCCACAGGUUUUCGAUUGGGUUGAGGUCUGGGGACUGAGAUGGCCAUGGGAGGACCUUGAGUUUGUGACUGCUGAACCAUUUUUGUGUAGAUUUUGCCACAUGUUUUGGAUCAUUAUCCUGCUGAAAGACCCAAUGACGACCCAUCUUCAGCUUUCUGGCAGAGGCCAUCAGGUUUUUAUUUAAAAUGUCCUGGUAGUUCAAAGCGUUCAUAAUGCCAUGCACCCUAACAAGGUUCCCAGGGCCUUUGGAAGAGAAACAGGCCCACAGCAUCACAGAUCCUCCACCAUACUUCACGGUGGGCAUGAGGUGCUUUUCGGCAUACUCAUCUUUUGUUUUACGCCAGACCCACUUAGUGUUUGUUGCCAAAAAGCUCAAUCUUAGUCUCAUCUGACCAAAGCACACAAUCCCAGUUGAAGUCCCAGUGCCGCUUAGCAAACUCCAGACGUUUACGUUUGUGAGUGUUAGUGAGAAAAGGCUUUUUCCUUGCAUGCCUCCCAAACAGCUUGUUGGCAUGUAGAGAGCGUCUGAUGGUUGUUUUGGAGACUUUGUGACCCCAAGAUGCCACUCUUUGAUGCAAUUCUGUGACAGUGAGCUUAGGACUUUUUUUUACUUCUCUUACCAUCCUCCUCACUGUGCGUUGUGGCAAGAUAAACUUGGGACCUCUUCCAGCCUUGUUUGUCACUGUUCCAGUUGUUUUAAACUUCUUGAUGAUUCCUCUGACUGUAGAUACGGGCAAGUUAAGGCGAGUGGCUAUUUUCUUGUAGCCAUUGCCUGACUUAUGAAGGUCGACACAAAUCUGCCUUACUUGAAUGGUGUGUUCUCUUGUCUUUGCCAUGUUGACAAAUGGGUAAGAGAAUUAGGCCUCUGUGUCACGUCAUAUUUAUACCCCAGGGAAACAGGAAGUCAUGAAUUACUAAUUAAAAGUUCCUAGAUACCCUGAGCAACUUUAGCAACUACAGAAAAAUAUAUUUUUAAAAAAAUCAAUUGAAAUUUUCAGCGGAAUUGUUAGGGGUGCCAAUAAUUGUGGGACACAUGAUUUCAAGUUUUUUUUUUUACCACCAAAGUAAUGUACUUAAAUAAGGUUGGAUUUUUCUCUUUUUUUGCAUUUGGGUUCUAUGUUUAAAAAAAAAAGGAGAAUUUUUGGAAGUCCUCGACCACAUCUUAAACAGGGGUGCCAAUAAUAGUGGAGGGCACUGUAUAUGGAAAAAUACACUUUAAAAUGUCGAACAAUCGAUUGGUUGAAAGAACAGAUGACUCGGUCAACCAAGAUUUUUUUAUGUCGGGAACAGCCCUAGCACACACAGCCAGGUCACCCGUGAUGCAGGUCAGUAUUCGACAUCCAUCCAUGUCUGAGGACGUCGGGAGAUGACAUGGAAACUGGCCACUAGGGGGCAACAGUGAGCGCUGUUACCUUCAAGUAGGUUUGGGUUUUGCUAGGGCAUUGUGGAAGGGGAUGGCAGAUGGGUGUAGGCAUCUGUAUUUGAUUCAAAAUCAAAUUUCGAAGUGUUUAAGGUUAAGUUUAGGCAUUAACAGCUAAUUUAAGGUUAGGGUUAACUUGCAACCUUUGGAAUCAAAGACUCUUAACCCCGGAGUCAGAUGCAUCUGCAUCUGAUUCCAAAGGUUGCAAGUUCGAAUCCAGCGAUAGAAUCUUGUUAAAACCUACCCCAAACCUUAACCCUUAAGAAUUUGGAGUUAAUGCCUAAACUUAACCCUAACCUUAAAUUAGCUGUUAAUGCCUACACUUAACCUUUAAACACUUCGAAAUGUGACAUUUGGAACAACUUCGAAAUUUGACUUUUGAGAAACAUGGAUGAACGUCUAAUUCCGAAGUGAGACUGUGAGAGCUAGUUGGAAAAACAAGUAGGCUUAUUUUGGUCCUCUCUGUAUUUGUUUACUCAGUUCUCUGUCUCUGUGUGUGUCAGGUAUGGCAUCAGCCCAGAGAACAUCAUCCUGUAUGGGCAGAGUAUUGGCACGGUACCCACAGUGGACCUGGCGUCCAGGUUUGAGUGUGCUGCUGUGGUGCUCCACUCCCCUCUCACCUCUGGCAUGAGGGUGGCCUUCCCCGACACCAAGAAGACCUACUGCUUUGAUGCCUUCCCCAAGUGAGACACGCAUGCACAAAAAAAAACAUUAGAAUGCUUAAUUUAGAUCCAGAACAAAAGUAAUCGUCGUAAAGGCCCACAUCUUUUGGAAUAAAUAGAUAUUUGGACUCCUCAGCCAAAAAGCACAUUAAAAAACAAUCAUACACAUAUGCAAUCGCAGAAACAAUGACAAGGUCUUGAAGACUGCUUACUAACUGAUUAUAACCUAUAUAUUGCAGCAUAGAGAAGGUGUCUAAGAUCCCAUCCCCGGUGCUGAUCAUCCACGGGACGGAGGACGAGGUGAUAGACUUCUCCCACGGCCUGGCUCUGUUUGAGCGCUGUCCCAAGGCCGUGGAGCCGCUUUGGGUGGAGGGGGCGGGACACAACGACAUAGAGCUCUACAGCCAAUACCUGGAGAGACUACGACGUUUCAUCAACCAAGACCUGGCUGCAGCACACGCCUGAGAGAGGAGGAGAGGGUGUGUGUUUGGCUCUGUGUGU